AUGUACUCAAAAGUAGGUGGCGCAGAGAAUGUCUUCCGUUUCUUCUAUUCGACUUCGGUAUUUGCGUCCAACAUGACCACAUAUGAGGUAGAAGAGUGUCGGGGGGUCGGGUUGUGCACUCUCAGACACGCGGGUCUCAAGCCCCAUGCCUACGCUGGUCGAUUCUGGUGGUUGACCAGGGAGGAAAGCGCCGAUAUCAUGAGGAAAAACGUCUUCCACAGCCCAUACCCAGCAUGAAAAUGAAUAUAUCUGCGGCUGGAAGAUCAAGACCUAGCCUCCCACUUCCUUCUGCACGUUCGCCACGAUCGCAGAUCCAUGUUGCAAAGAGCCGCGCGGGAGAUGCACUCCGCGGUAGAUUUUUUUCUGGGUAUUAUGCAAAUUCGCAUGACAAAUCGAAUUCGACACUGGGGGUGGAGAAUCAUACGUUUUUACACAGCAUAGCGGACGCCACCGAGAAGCUGCGGACCUACAUGGGGCCGGGCACCCUACCAGUGUUGGUCUUGGGGGAUGUGGUGGACGUAACGGGAAGGGCAGACUGGCAGCAAAAACAAUUCCGAAAACGUUUUGCCCUCGACUCCUGGAGAGGCUGGUGGCGCCGCUUUAAAAGCCCGGACAUGCAUCUGAUGAUGCGUUGCGAAAAGUGGGCUGACCGGGUGAACAUUCGCGCCAUCUUGGCAAUCGAGGAAAAAGACGUGGACCAGAUUCGAAACGCCGUCCGGGCUGCGGUUCGCUUGGUGGCCAACAGUAAGAAAGAGCCGAUGUCCAGCAGAAGUGGCGGAACCAGCAGCGCCGCGGGUUUCCCAGCGUCCGGUGUGGGCGAGGAGUCAUCGUUUUCGGCGCAUCAAGAAAAAACCGCAAGGGAAGCUGUAGCAGGCAGCCAGCAGCUUUUCGACGCAUCAGAGGAACAGUCGGCGGCUCAAUUUUCUGUACAAGAGGACUCUGUCUCUCAGUUGCCGUUGAAGCUGGUCGUAAUGACGCUCGCGGAGGCCGACAAAGAUCUCAAACUAUUUGAGAACCGUGACAAGACGAAGGAGUGGAUUCCGGCUGAUCUGCUCGCAGAGUGGUACAAUCGAAACGCCAUUGAUUUUGCUUCAACCCAAGGACGGACAGCCGCAACUCCGAGCAGGUGACGCUGCAAAUCAGGGCGCGACUAAGUCGAGUUUCUAGACGCGCCAGGAGAAGGACACCAGAAAGCCACUCCUUUACUCAUGUAAUGGCAGAGGAACAAGCAGUAGCGGCCAGAGCCAGUUGCGGUGCCUAUCCUUUGUGAUGCGUCGACGCGCUCCCUCACUGCAGAGACAAUGAAACUUAAACAAGAACUGAACUACAAGACCCGCCUUGGGCCAAAAGUUCUUUUCUGCCACAUUUUUGCUUUAUGCUUAUUGUUAUUCGUCAAGCAUGUCCAGCUCCAGGUGCAGGAGGCUAAUCUGACGCUGCAGCGUCUGAUCAUCA